AAACACCGACUAUUUCUCUGAUUUCUCUUAUAUACAUGUCCUGGCUAAGAAGAUUGUGAAGACUAAAAAGCAAAAACGUGGUCAAACACAACAAUUCUCAACAAAAUCAAUUCUCUAUUGAUGCGCGAUCUGAAAUCCAAAACAAUUCAGAGAUAUACCGAACCGGUAGCACUAAGGUCAACGUCAUCUGCAGCGGUACGGCGGACGGCAACGUGACGGAGAUCCGUGGAUUAAAUCGCUGCGAAUCUUCAGAUCCAGAUCCGGAUCCGACGGAUUGAUGUGAGUUUCUUCAUCGUCUUCCAUAUCGGAAACUAACAGAUCUGGUAGCCGCCGGCAAUUUAAUCGAAAACCUAACCGAUCUGGUGAUCGGAGAUUUAAUAAAUAUAGAAAACCGAACGGAUCUGGUGGCCAGAGACUGGAUAAGAAACGGAAAACUAACGGAUUUGUGAUCGGAGAUUUGAUAAUAGACGGUAACGUAACGGAUCUGUGGCCGGAGAUUUGAUAAGUGACGAAAGCUUUUGAUUCUGAACGAAGAGGACAGCAUGAGAAAUGAAUGCGCUUUGGGUGACUAAUGAAGUAUUAUCGUGCCACAAGCAGAACCAUCCGAUCAUUUCCAUCUCCAUUAGGCAAUAAUGUCUAUACACCAUUUCAGGAUGAAACCCGUCGAUGAGGACGAGGCUCUAUCUUCUGAAACCCAUACUAUAAAAAAACUGAAAACUCUCUCUCAUACGCAUCCUCCAAUCGAUCACCAUGCCUGCUCAAUCAUCCAAACCCCAAGAUGACCAGAACAAGGAUUCGAAGAGUAGGUAUUUUAAUCAUCCAGCACUGGAUGUCUCCAAGGCGUUCCCUCAAGCAACACCAGCUUCAACCUUUCCACCUUGCACUUCGGAUUACUAUCAGUUUGCUGACUUAUUGACUCCUGAGGAGCAAGCUCUAAGACUGAAAGUAAGAGAGUGUGUCGAGAGAGAUGUUGCUCCGAUAAUGACUAAGUACUGGGAGAAGGCUGAAUUUCCAUUCGAAAUUGUUCCAAAGCUUGGUGCUCUGAAUAUAGCUGGUGGAACCAUCAAGGGUUAUGGAUGUCCGGGCCUGUCUGUCACGGCAAACGCUUUAGCUACAGCAGAAAUAGCCAGAGUUGAUGCAAGUUGCUCUACUUUCAUAUUAGUGCACUCUUCUUUGGCAAUGCUCACUAUAUCUCUGUGCGGAUCAGAAGUACAAAAACAGAAGUAUUUGCCUUCAUUGGCUAAGCUUGACACAAUAGCUUGUUGGGGUUUGACGGAACCCGACUAUGGAAGUGACGCAAGUGGCCUUAGAACAACAGCAACAAAGGUGGAAGGAGGUUGGGUCAUUGAAGGCCAAAAACGAUGGAUCGGAAACAGCACUUUUGCAGAUAUUUUGGUCAUUUUUGCUAAAAACAAAGACACAAACCAGAUAAAUGGAUUCAUUGUAAAGAAGAAUGCACCGGGGUUACAAGCUACCAAGAUAGAAAACAAAAUUGGGCUCAGAAUGGUUCAAAAUGGAGAUAUUCUUCUACAAAAAGUGUUUGUCCCUGAUGAAGACAGGUUACCUGGGGUCAACUCUUUUCAAGAUACUAGCAAGGUGCUUGCUGUUUCCCGUGUCAUGGUUGCCUGGCAACCUAUUGGCAUUGUAAUGGGUGUCUACGACAUGUGCCAUAGAUACAUGCAAGAGAGAAAACAGUUCGGGGCCCCUUUGGCGGCAUUCCAAAUAAACCAACAGAAGCUUGUACAAAUGUUGGCCAAUGUUCAGGCAAUGUUUCUCAUGGGUUGGCGCCUUUGCAAGUUGUAUGAGAGUGGUAAAAUGACUCCUGGUCAGGCCAGCUUGGGCAAGUCGUGGAUCACACUGAGGGCUAGGGAGACAGUUGCACUCGGUCGAGAGUUACUUGGUGGGAAUGGAAUAAUAUCCGAUUUUCUAGUCGCCAAGGCUUUUAAUGAUUUGGAGCCAAUCUACACGUAUGAAGGAACGUACGACAUUAACACCCUGGUCACUGGUCGGGAAGUUACUGGUAUUGCCAGUUUCAAGCCUGUUACAAAGACAACCCGAACCAGCCGCUUGUGAUUCGUGUUUCCCGUUUGAAGAAAUUGUUUGUUGUCUAGUGUAUCAUUAUCUGUAAUAAAUAAAUUGUGAAACUUUGGAUAAACAUGAUAAAUAAAGACACUUAUUUAGUCUUGCUA